AUGCUUUUUUUUUUUUUUUUUUUUUAUUUAUAAAAAUUGCAAGAUAAGACUUCAACAGAGAAAAAGGAAACCCCAAAAACCCAGAAAGUAGAAUCAGCAAAAACAGGGAAAAAAAGAAAAAAAGUUGAAUUAGAAGAAGAAGAAGAAGCAAUGUUGUUUCAAGUAGGAGGACAAGGGACUCGGCCUACUUUCUUCGAAAUGGCCGCUGCACAACAACUUCCGACGAGCCUCCGUGCAGCUCUAACCUACUCCAUAGGCGUAUUGGCACUAAGAAGACCUCUCCUUCACAAAGUAUUAGACUAUGAAGAUGAAUUCUUUGCUUUGUUCAUGUUGGUUCUUGAGACACACAGCUUACGAACUACAGAUGCUUCCUUUUCUGAAUCUCUGUAUGGAUUGCGGAGAAGAGGAGUCAAGAUACAAGUGAAGAAGAAGGAUGCUCGUUUGAACUUAGGGGAUGGGAUUGAACUCUCUGGAUUACAAAAGCGUCAAAGAAUUCUUUCAGUUGCUUUUCUGGUUGUGUUACCUUAUUUUAAGUCAAAGCUGUACUCACUAUAUAACAAAGAAAGGGAAGCCAGGCUUCAAGCAAGUUUAUGGGGAGAUGGUGGAGGACCAUUUGAAGGUGCUGAUUAUUUUGACAGAGAUGAUGGUUCUCUUGUUUCUAGAGGAACUAUGGAGUCAGAAGCAACCAUUAGAGCACGCUUGACAAAGAGAAUUCAGAAGAUUAUAUUUGCUUGCUACCCAUGGGUACAUGCUACUAGUGAAGGAUUGUCAUUCACUUAUCAGCUCUUAUAUCUGCUUGAUGCUACCGGGUUCUACUCUUUAGGAUUACAUGCACUAGGGAUUCAUGUUUGUCGAGCAACAGGACAAGAACUGAUGGAUACUUCUUCUCGAAUUUCGAAAAUUAGAAGCCGUGAAAGAGAGAGACUUCGGGGCCCUCCAUGGUUGAAGACAUUACAAGGAGCAUUACUGAGCUGUACAUAUGCAGUUCUUGAUUAUGCACAAACUGGCUUAAUUGCAGCAGUUUUCUUCUUUAAAAUGAUGGAAUGGUGGUAUCAAUCUGCUGAGGAGAGAAUGUCAGCUCCAACUGUUUAUCCAUCACCACCACCACCACCACCACCAAAGGUUGCCAAAGAGGGGAUUCCACUUCCACCUGAUAGAACAAUCUGCCCAUUAUGUGCACAGAAGCGUGCAAAUCCUUCUGUAGUGACAGUAUCAGGGUUUGUCUUCUGUUAUGCUUGCAUAUUCAAAUAUGUCUCUCAGUAUACCCGCUGCCCAGUCACAUUGAUGCCAGCAACUACUGAGCAGAUAAGAAGGCUUUUCCAUGAUGUGUAGGCAGGGACCUUAUAUAGCAUAUAGCAAUUCGUUUUUUUCUAUGAAGGAUUGAAUGAUCAAAUCCACUGUGCAGACAAUGAUGCUGAAAUUCAGACAAAGCAAGCCAGUUAGAAUAAUUGAAAGUAUACUACAAUUUGAAUCCUCAAUCAUGUCAUAGCAGUGCCAAGUGACAUGGACUGGACUCGUUGCGACAAUUACUGUAGCCAUCUAGCAUCUAAUGACAGAUAUUAACAUAUUUGAAUUUGUACCUCAGCGAUCUUUCCAACAUGUACCAUCAGAAGUUUCUGUUAAAUUACCUGGAUAUGGUAGUUCUUUUUUCUUUUUCCUUUUUUUUCCUUUUUCUUUUACAGGAAGUUGAUACAUACACGAUAGUUAGGUUGUCCUUAAAACUUAGAAAUGUGAUUUCCAGAAUAUGAGAAAAGCAAUAAUAGUACGCCUGUCCCACUUUCCAUUA